UUAAAUGACCUGGCAGAUACGAUUGAGUGAGAACACAUACACACAGACAUGUUAAACAAACAGCAGUUUAGUAUUGAUUAAUGAAACCAUUACUUUAUUCAAGAUCAAUACUUCAAUGUUUGCAUAAUGAGGAAAUAAUAUGACUGGUAUUGUUUCAUGGGAACGCCAUAUUUUCCCUCUGGGAUUUACACUAUUCAGUGGUCAAUGCCAUUUGUGUCUGGUGUUAAUGGACUGGAGUUUUACAUGCAUGCCUUUAUUUCUUUUUACUAAAGACCCCAUUACCAUAAUGGUAAUUAAUUACCUUUUGCGACCCAUUUUCCUGCUAAGGAUAAUCUUACUUGUAGUUCAUCAAUAAUCUGGACCAACAGUGCAAAUACGUCAAUAUCAAUCGGAAACGACAGUGUAAAUUUGGAACAGACGACAGUCGAUAAUCUGAGAUGAGGAAAACAGGGGGAACAUGGACGAUAGUAAUAUUUCUCUAGAUUCGACAGGGAAACGGAAGUCGUUCCGAAGACUUUGUGUAAGAUUCGCGGAAAAGACAUCCCUACAGGGAGUUGGAUAUAUCAACAAUGCAAGGCUAAUUGUCUCAAAAAUCGUAUGGAUAUUGUUGUUACUGGGAGCUAUAGGCGGGAUGAUCUUCCACCUUUAUUUCCUGUUUGACCAGUACUUCCAAUGGCCAGUCAUCACGAAACUUUCGCUUGGUUUCAGUAACCUAGAAAUGCCUUCCGUCACUAUAUGCAACACUAAUGCUCUGAAGAGAUCCGAGCUGCAUCAAAUGAACGCCAGAUUGCAAGGGUUUGUGGAUCACGUAGACAGAGCUAUUAACCCAAACAUCACAACCAAUAACAGAAAGAAGCGGUUUACGAAUGGGAUAUCUGGUGUGAAUGCUAGCGGGUAUGACGAUCCCGUCAGCCUCCCAUCCGAUAAAGACAAACCUCCAAGAAACAAGUUACAACAAAUAACAACAACCUUUCGGAGUCUCUUUAUGGAUAAUGUCAGAUCAGAGCGGAUCCAAUCGGGGCAUCUCCUGUCAGACAUGUUGCUGUCCUGUGCCUUUGACGGUCGAGAUUGCUCUCCCUCGAACUUUACAAGGUUCCCUACUGCUGAAUACGGGAACUGUUACACACUUCAGGCAGAAAAUUUCGUUGCAACAAACCCUGGUCCGGAAUACGGUCUGUCUUUGAUCCUGUACAUGCAGAAUGAGGAAUACAUACACGGAAUAAGCCAGGGCUAUGGGGCAAGGAUCACCAUUCACCAGAAAGACUCAAUGGCUUUUCCUGUUGACAACGGAUUUUUCGCCUCGACAUCUUUUCAAACAUCAGUCGGUCUGAAAUUGGUAGAUAUUACCCGUUUGCCACAACCUCACGGAAAUUGUGCCGAUGGUAAAGACUUCAAAGCUGCCUAUAACCAAACCUACAAUCGCCAGGCUUGCUUGAUUGUUUGUGAACAGAAUGCUAUCAUUUCUGCUUGCAACUGCUUUUCGGAGGACAAGGACGAAUUGUUUAUACAAGCCCAACUAUUUGAUUAUCGUCCCUGCAGGAGCGUAGCAGAACAGACAUGCCAGGCUACUGUGGAGGAAGACUACAAACAGAAAACAGCAAGUGCAUGUGCCUGUGAUGAACCUUGCAGUGAACAGAUCUUUAUCAAGUCAAUCAGCAGUCGUCAGUGGCCAUCCGAAGAUUAUGCCGUUGCUCUUGAACAAAGCAUCUGCGAAAGACCCCGUCUAGCCGACCAGUGCGCGAAAUUGAAAUCACUGGAUAAACGCCAAUUAAGCCUGAACUUUCUAAAACUGGAUAUAUAUUACGAGUCGCUAAACUACGAGGUGGUGGAGGAGUCACCGGAAAUUGAGGAUGCACAGUUUGCUUCUGACGUGGGUGGCGCCCUAGGAUUAUGGAUAGGGCUCUCCAUACUAAGUAUAUUCGAACUGCUCCAACUUUUCGUGGAGUGUUGUGAUUACGCCCAUCACAGGUGUACGAAACGUGAUGCUUACAAAGACAGACAAAGACAGGCGUAUAAAAGGAACCACAACAAUACACAAAUGGAAUUCAAAAACGGUAAUGGUCGUUUAAAGGACAACGAACGGGACAGGGAAAACUAUGACAAAGAAAGAUCUUUUCGGUCACGUGAUGACUUUUCAGAUAACAGACCAAGACAGCAUGAAAUGGAUCGGAGUUAUAUAAGUUCAGCAGACUAUGAUAGGGAGAGGAAUUAUCCUAGGUUUGGAGAGUAUAAUGACCCGGACAAUGGCAGAGGAAAUGGGAGAUACCCAGCAUCAAUGUACGUGUAUAGGGGUCAGCGUUCCUGAUGCUACCUCGUACACUUUGAUAUGAAAAGAAAUGAGUCUCCAGUCUAUUCAUAUUUGAUAGUGGGUGUAUCCACAAGCCUUGUGAUCCCACCAUCUUUGUUUAAGAUGGAUUUGAUAUAUAGUUAGCAAUCAAAAGGAGGAAGCGUAAGUCUUGCUGAUGUAUAAACUCGCCCAGGAUUUGUAGAAAACAAAAUCAGUGAUUCAUGAUCAUUGAUUGGUGCUAAUUAGUUUUCCAUACUUACAACUAUAAAAUAUCAACAGAUAUAGUAACGUAGACAAGUGUUUACAGGAUGACGUCAUUUCUCAAUAAUAAUGUAAAUAACGUUAUUUUUUCUUUUGUCUUUAGAGUCGUAUCGAGGCUCUUAUUAAACAAAUGUUCAGGUAAAUAGCACAUGGUCAGUCAUUAAUGACAUAGAGCACAUUUGGUGAGGUUUUAUUUGCGGACCGUAUGAUGAUAAUUAAUGUUUUUCUGUUUAUGUACUUUGACAGUAACUUGGAAAGGCGCUAUUAUCUGGGGUUUUUUUAAAUACCAUCCUUUAUGUGUGGUAAUAUAAGUUUUGGGGCAGUUGAAGCAGUCGGGGAUAGUUAGGGAUUAGGCGAUCUGAUGGAAAAGAUCGUGAGUCUGCAGCCUGGUAAGGGCAGGUGUCAACAAUGGUCUUCCUUUGUUAUCUAUUUGUUUGUUUGUUUUUUGUUUUUUGUUUUUUUUUUUUCCUUUUUGCAAGCGAAAUCGAUCUAUGGACAGAGUUUUCCUUAACCCAUAUUACAAUGAGAAUUUCACUACCUUUUUAAAGUUCCCAUAUCUCAUACACCACCAAAAAGGCAAGCAACCAGCCAAAUGGUUUAUCAGCAAUACACGUACAAUAUUUGACAGUGUACUUCAUAUGAUCUACAAUUCUGUACAAUCUUCUGUAUAUCUGACAUCGCGUUUAUCUUAUCUUGAAAAGACGCGGACUGACACAAACUUUUGACGAAUAUACAUAUCCGUGCUAUCGAUAUUACUUCACCUAUCAUAUGCAUUGUUAACGAUGAGACCUUUCUAGUUCGGCAAUAUUCGUUUCAAUUCACAUUACAGCAAUAUCCUUUUAAUAUCUAACCGUGAUAGAUAAUACUGAACCAUACAACGCUCUAUAUAUACCUUUUGAAUGGAUUUAAAACUCUGUACAGUUCUAAUGUUAACAUUUUACAAUUACAUCUCGAUCAUUUUUCCCAUUCAGUAAUACAGGUUUGAGUACCAUCUUAUCGCCAAUUAUAAAUAUUAAACUGGGAGGGAUACAAUCAGAUACGUAAAUUUGUGCUUACCACGUGUUUCCGUCAUGAUGCGUACUGAUUGUCUCUAUGCGUAUGAUUUAAAUAAAUCUUAUAUAUUGAAAUCAUAUCUUGUUCACUAUCCGUAAGCAAUGUCAUACUUUUAAAAUGUUUCUAUUUUGAAUCGAUUAUUUGUGUUGUUUUAUUAAUUGAAAAAUAAAGUCUUUGAAAUAUG